GUGGAUUUGAAGCUGUCAGGCCUUAGGGCCUGGUGAGAGUUGUCACAGUUGUUUGUUGUUGUGUAGCCAUGUUGGAACUAAUGAGAUCUGCCUCAGCGCCAGAGCUGUACUCGAGAUCAACCGACGCGCCCCACUCGGAUGCACGCAGCAGAGACUACGACGAUGAGCUGGCCCACGCACACUACGCGGACGACUCCAGGCAAUAUGUACACGAGCCGCUGACCACCAGCACCAGCGCCCAGACCAAUGCCACCACCAGCCGCACCCCAGAGCGCGAUCUCUUCGAUGAGUACACGUUCACAGUGCCCUCGCGUCUGGCCUUUCUCUGCUACGUGUAUGUUCUGCUGCUGAUACAGAUGAUGCUGGCCUCGCUGCAGUGGAUGAUGGCCACCUAUCGCUGGCGACCGCGUCUGGAGAGUGCCGAGCGCAGCUUCUAUUUGCUGCUGCUGCUGCUCAGCUGGCUGAAUCUGUCGCUCAGCUUCAUCGGCUUUCGGCGACUGCAGCUCACCUUUCCGCUCAACUGGAUCAUCUUUGUCUGCCUGUUCGAGGUGCUCACGCUGUUCGUCAUGUGCCUCAGCAUACGCGAACUGGACUUGACUUGGCCACCGCUUGUGCUGGCCCUUGGCGUGCUGCUUGUCUAUACGCCGCUGGGUCUGUGGAUACCGCCGACGCUCACUGCCAAUCUGUGGAUUCUCAUACUAAUGAGCAUGACUGUCGUUGUCGCUGCAGUGGUGGCUCUCGGCUCCGGCCUGGCCAUGCGCUUCUAUGUGCCCAUUACAGUGUCGCUGAUUGUGUUCGGACCCUGGGCCAUGUACAAUGCCCAGAAGCUGCAUCGAACUGCGCGGCUGGGCUACAGUCGCUUGUGCUAUCUGGAGGCGGCAGCUCAAAUGUAUGUGAACUUUGGCUGCACGGUGGGCGGCUUGGUGCUGGUGACGCGGCUGGCCAAGCAGGCUAUGGAUCCGGAGGGCUGUAGCUCGCAGAUAUUCUGUGCGCGACGGCAUUUGAGCCCUGAAUAUGGUUAAACUCAACACAUUGCUGCACACCCGGCGUAGUAUUAAUAAACGUAACUUUAUUUUUCUACUCUAC